CAAGAUCCGUUUUCUCAGAAAAAGCAACAGGUAUUGAAGGAGAUAGCAACCACUCUUGGUGAUGUUCCUGACUUGUCUCCAAAGGGAUCCAUCGAUGAGCUAUGUAUUCCGAUAAUGAACUUGAUCAAUGCUCAUCAAGACAUGGUUACUACAUCAUCAUGUUCAGGAAGAGUUAGUGUAUUUGUCGAAGGAGUGAAAAUCAAAGAUGAAUCUCAUACCAAAAUUGGUGGAAAAGGGGAUGGUGGUCAUUGGUUAUAUGUGUCGCAUAAUAAAAAUGACAUUGAUAAUUGGUUUCAAGAUAAGUUUGAAUACUCAAAAGUUCCAUCUAACGAGUUAAACCAUUUGAGCACUCGCUAUAUCCUGUUCAAGUUUGAACCAUUAAUCCUACAUGUUAAGUGUAGGAAUUUAGAAACAGCCUCUGCCCUAUAUACAACUGCGAUGGGGUGUGGAUUUAGAGAAAGUGGUAUUGGUAUCAAUAAUAUAGUUGCAAUCAGAAUAUCUUUGAAGCUAGAUAUACCCAUCGGGUAUUAUAAUGAAACCAAUGAUAAAUAUGUUGCAUUUGUUGACGAAAAUUAUUUGAAAAUCGUCACCCAAUUAUCACUUGAUAGAUUCAAUGAAAAUGAAAAGAGAUUGAAUAUGCUUUACGAUGCUAUC